AUGCAAAUCGUUUCAGUGUGACGUCACCUGGUAUUUUGUACGAUGGUUAACAACUCCAAAUAUUUUUUUUUAUGCAAACCGUGAAAUUAAUAUUUGUACAUGUGUUCAUGUGCCUGAUUCAGUGCUUAAAAGUCAUCUACAAUCACGCUCUGAUGUCUUUUUUGCGCACAUUCCACGGACGCGGACGGCGAGCCCGAUUCGAGGCUGGUGACCCCCCAGCGUUUUCAACGACAACAGACGAUUGCAUUGGAAAUCCGAAAGGAUUCGACAAUCGUCACGUUGGCGGUCGUCGUCACCCUCGCAAAUACUGGAGGCAGGGACUCGGACUAUCGUCUGCUCAGGACGAGGAACCGCGACAAUACGUUGAGCCGGACCAUCAAAAGUCGAGGAAUCAGACGUGUGCUGAACAGAUUGUUACGUCUGCUGAACACACUGUGUCGUCUGCUGAACGGAAAUGUAAAUCUGCUGAACAGAAUGUGUCGUCUGCUGAACGAAAAUUGACGUCUGUGGAAUGGAAAUUGACGUCUGUUGAACCGAAUGUGUCGUCUGCUAUCCGAAAUGUGUCGUCUCCUGAACGGAAAUUGACGCCUGCUGAACAGAAAUUGACGUCUGCUGAAUGGAAUUUGACGUCUACUAAACAUGUGUCGUCUGCUGAACGGAAUUAUGGCCUCAACGAAAAUAUGAUGCCUGCUGAAUAUAACUGUGAUAACUCGGCGAAACCGGUGCCUACAGGGAAGAAUGGCUUUAAUCAAAGGAAUCAAAUACAUCCUAGAAGCUGUUAUCAUAACUUGAAGAAUAGGAUAUAUUCUAGACAAAAUUAUUACCACACAGAUAAUAAUGCCUUAUCUUAUAUACAUGAUGAUUACAAACCUGAGAUCAUGAUAUUCACUGGCAACCAAAUUAAUACAAUACAUCCUAAACAUAACUGUCAUGAUUCAGAGAACAUUAUGCUUUCCAGACCACAUCUGGAUCAGCCAAAUUCCACAAAAGCUGUUAAACAGAUUAGCCAACACAUAGGGAAUCUAAUGUCUCUUAUACAGGAGUAUGAUGACUCGAGAAAUAUUUUACCAAAAGAAUGGAAAUAUGAUCGCUCGGAGAACAUGACUGUUACUGAUACUGGAGGCAGUAUUGUCGAGAAUGAACAGCUGGGUGGGACUGCCACUGUUGGUGGACCUGCCCAUCAGUUCAUGGCCACAGUGGCAACAGAAGACCAGAAAGGUUGCAGACGACGAGUAAUGCUGGUGCCAAGGAGGCCACGAAGUGCAAUGAAUUCGAGUUCGGCGUCGGCUGACAACCAGGGCAAGCGAGUCAACCAGAACAACCAGGAAGAGGAAAACCAGGACAACCAGAAAGAAACCGAACACAACCAGGGUCAGCAGCUACAGUACAACCAGGAACAAAACGAACAGUACAACCUGGAACAACAGGAACAGCAAAACCAGGAACAAAACGAAAAGAGCCAGGUGCAAAUCGAACAGUACAACCAGGAACAAAACGAAGAGCACAACCAGGAAAGAAACGGAAAUAACCAGGAACAAAACGAAGAACAGAACCAGGAACAAAACGUAGAGCACAACCAGGAAAAAAACGAAGAGCACAACCAGGAACAAAACGACAACAACCAGGAACAAAAUGAAGAGCACAACCAGGAACAAAACGACAACAACCAGGAACAAAAUGAAGAGCACAACCAGGAACAAAACGAAAACAACCAGGAACAAAAUGAACAGCAAAACCAGGGGCAGCAGCAGCUGAAACAGAAGCAGCAGCAGCUUCAGAACAUUGACCAGGACUAUGAUGACGACAACACGACACCUUUCAACAACCAGCACAAUGGUAACAUCGGAUGCGGCGAUGCGACAAGUCCAUUUUAUUCUCAUUAUCGCAAACACGUCAAGGCGAAAAGGCACUACAAUUCUCCCAACAAUUCUGCCUCUGGUGGCGAUGUGAUUAUUAACAAUCCAUUUAUGGACAAGCAGAAGACGUCCAGAUCCGGCGCGUUGAACCCCAAGACAUUUAACCUGAACACGAAGGGCGCGCGCUUCUUCGUUAUAAAGAGCUUCUCCGAGGUGGAGAUUCGGUCGUCCAUACAUCACGGCACCUGGAGUAGCACUAGGUGCGGCAAUAGACGACUGGAUCUGGCAAUCCACGAGCGUCAAGGCAAAGGUCCAGUCAUCCUCUUCUUUGUCGUCUGCGAAAGCGGCUGUUUCAGCGGCGUGGCCCAGAUGGUAUCAGCGGUGGGCUACGAGGACGGCGGCGCGACAGACGAGGGGAGGGAGGCAGCGGGCAGCUUCAAGGUCAGGUGGAUCUACGUGAAGGACGUCCCCAGCAGCAAGUUCUGCCACAUCAGGCUGGCGACCAGUGAGAACGUUUCUGUGGUCGACACCAGGGAUGCCCAGGAGGUCCCGCCAGCCAAGGGCAAGCAGAUGCUGAAUAUCAUACACGCCUUCCAGCACAGGUCAUCCGUUCUGGAUGAGAACGUCCAAUCUGGAAACCCACAGGGGCUACAGGAGCGGCCCUCUGUGACGAGCGGCGGUAAUGGGGAGGGUGUCGACAGCUCUGUCGACGCUGUACAAGACAAAAUGGCCGAACUGGAGAAGGAGAUUGAUACAUUUUGCGAGAAAACAAUCGACUUGAAUACUCUGUACAGAAAGCGAGAAAUGGAGGAACAUGUCAUGUGGAUUGCUGAAGUUUACGGGAGUUUACUGGACGGAAUCAGCGAGGCGGAUAUACCAUACGACAUACGAUAUGGAUUUCACAAUAAUUGUAAACACUAUUACAACGGGCAGACCGACUUGGAUGAUGAGUACGCCCAGAAGCAACGAAAGCUGAAGUUGUCUCGAAUAUUUGGCAGUUUUCUUAAAGGACUCCAUCACCUGAUACCCGGCGACAGUCUGACAAAACUUCAGAACGAGGUCACCAAAGUCUUCGAAAUGAAUGUAGCGCUCGAUAUUCUUUGUAAAAAGGAACGGCAGCAAGCCGAUGCCAAAGCGUUUGGUUCUGGUGACGAGAACCACCUGAAGGUGCUGAAGGUCAAGGUUCUGCUACUGGAGGGGCAGGUCACCAAACUACGUAAGCAGAACUGGGUUCUUCGUCGUCGCUGCAACAAACGAAAUCAGCACUCGCAUGACCAAGACAUCCGGACACUUUCAAAUGGAAAGCACGCAACACAACUGGAUUCUCGGUUAAACUGAAGGUGACCCCGGGUCGUAGGUCAAGGUCAUGCUGUGUCGGAUAAACCACCACAAAGAGAACAUGCGCAAAUAUAGUUUAGAUGAUGGACGAUGCAUCCUCCGCUAGAAUGCCUGACAUGUUGAAAAUAAUAUUUAUGACAUAAAAUAUGUGGCUGAAAUCUAGACACACACACAAAGAAAAAAUAAAUAACAAUAAUAAAAAAAAUAAUAAUAAUAAAAAACAGAAGAAAAAGAAAGGUGUUUCAAGCAACAUAUGGGUGUUCGUCUUUUUUUUUUCAUUUUAAGCUAUUUUUUUUUUUACUACAUUUUAUUCGUUCACGUGCAUAUUAAUUUUCUUUUUUUUAUUUCUUCUUUCAAUUCGAAAAAAUAAUAAAAAAUAAUAAUAAACUGAAAGAAAUUAGGGUCAUCCCAGUUUUACUAGGCAGGAUCUGAUUGCAGAAAACAUAUUUUCAGGCCUUGUUACGCAAACGAGUAUAGGCCUACUUAUAAUGCAUUUCU